CACUAGAAAGAUGCAGCAAUUGAAGUUGUUGUUUGUGCUUUUACUGUCCAGCGCAUCCGUACGAGGAUUCUGGUGGUCUACCAGCCAGACCAGUGAUCCACCAGUACCCAGCAAACAGGUGCAAUAUGUCCGGGCCUUUACUUACCAACCGGUAGCAUUUCCGGCGCACUCGCUAAUGGCACCACCGUCUCCAUACAAGUUCAUCCAGGCUAGUCCAGCGUCCAUCAUACCAACGGCAAAGCAGAUUGCACCGGUGCAACCGACAAGCAGUCAGCCGGUGCCGCAAGUCCAGCAGCAGAGUGGCAGUAGUCCAUUUAGUAGCUUUUUUGGCAAUGCUUUUGGAGGAAUGGGCCAAUCCGUCGGUGGAUCAUUGCCAUCGUUUCAACAGCAACAGCAGCAGCAACACCAACAGCAUCAGCAGCAUCUACAGCAAGUUCAACAGCAGCAGCAGCAGCAGCAGCAACAGCAGCAGCAGCAGCAACAGCAGCAGCAGCAGCAACAGCAACAUCAGCAACAGAUAGUACAGGUACCAUCAUCACCCCCAGUGACACCUUCACCUACCGAAGUACCACCGGUAAAUCAAGGGCCUCCAUCCGGUGCCGGAUUUUACGGCCAGCAGCAUCCGAGCAAAUAUCCCUACUUUACCAUGGACCACGUGCAGUACCUGUCGAGCCUACCGUCCAACGCACCGCACACGCCCCAGGUGCAGUUUGUGCCGUGCAUGUGCCCGAUCGCGGUCAAUGUGCAGAGUCACGGGGAGGUCGCCGACAAGCGGUUAGAUGAAACGGGCACAACCGACGCGGAAGUGGUCGUACCGAGCGCAGGUGAAAGUGAAAAGUGA